GGACAACACGACAAAAGAUGGUCAAUAAAGAGUUCAGGCGCCGUGAGGACGGACGUACUCGGGAAGUUGGGCGCCCACUGAUAAGAGAAAGGGCAAGGCCGCAACAGCUAGGUCAGCUAGGCGCUCAAAAGCGAAGCUAUGAGCACCUAACUGGGGGGGCAAUUGUUGGGGGUAUUAUGAGCGAGGCCCAAUGGGCGGCAGUUUGGGCUUCCAAGCAACAGAAUUGGGGGGCAAGGCCCAAGCAAGGUGGGGGACGCAUGAAGACAAGACACUAGAAGCCAAAGGAGGUCAAACUGUCAAGAGAGGCCAGGCUGUCAAGUGGUCCAUCGUCUGCGGGCGCCUGUCACGUGCCAGAAGCCUGACAAGGCAGUUGGGAUAUCUGACCAGGAAAGUACAAGACAUUAAAUGGAGACAGUGAUGUGGAGGAGAUCAACCUCGAACUCUGGUGAGUAUAAAUAGGGGCAGUUGGUAGCAUUUACACAGGUUGGAUUAUCUCACUAAACUCUAGCUUUGAGACACUUCUCUCUCUAGAAACUAACUUGGGCGUCGGAGGAUUAACGGGCCCAGGCGCCUCCUCUGUGUUCGUGUGUGUAGGCAGGCGCCCUACAGGAGUGGGUUUGUGAGUGCCGUACUGGGGUAUCGCGUCUCAAACAGUUUGGAUAAUAUAAAAGAAUCUAAAAAAGGUUUGGAUAAAAAACAGACAUUGCCCUUAAUACAACUAUCCUACUACAAACUUUUCCGGAAUAACUUCCAGUACUAUUUUACAAACAUUGAUUUUAACAAUUUAAUUUCUAAUUUCUAAUUCAGUGGUGCACAAUAUCUUGGAGGGCGGAAAGAAGUACAGCAACAACACCAAAUCUAUCGGAUGGGUGCAGUGGUGGUCGUCGGCCAUGGUGGUGGUAGGAAAACAGAGGGGGCGCGUGUAGAUAGGGUUGGGGAAGGGCUCACUCUUGUUUGGGCCCGGGCCCUAUUGGGUUGUUGGGAUUGUCUUCGGCCUGGUUGUUUGGGUUGUUCUUUCAAUCCUGUUACAUUGUUCACUUGUACAUUUCCUUUUGGACAUUGCCCGGUCGUUAUCUUAGUGAACAUCCAUUUCAAAAAAGAAAACACCAAAGAUUGAUUCUAGAUUUCCCUUUCGUGCAACAAACAUUAUUAUAUAUAAAUUUGAAGUUUAGUUACUGUUGCCUAAAAAUAUACUAUUUUGAUACCUCAAAUUUUAUUAAAUUACAACUUAAUCACUAUAAUAUAUAUUUUAUAUUUUAAUACCCAAAUUUAAUUUUAGUGUAAAAUCAUUGAACAAUUAUGUUUUGUUAUCUAAAUUUUAUGAGAUUUGAGUACCUACAAUUUUUUAAGUUUACAUAUUGGUCCAAUGUUUAGAUUUAUCUAAGUUUUAUGAGAUUUGAGUACCUACAAUUUUUGUAAGUUCACAUAUUGGUCCAAUUUUUAGAUUUAACUUGAAUGCAUGAAUCCAGAUCCACCAAUCCUUUUGAACCAAUCCACGAAUCCAAUCCACCAUAACAUAGAAGUAUAAAUUUAGUUUGUACAAUACAAGAUGUUGUAUCACUCAACUGUCAGACAUUGCUCAUUACGUGAAACAUUAAAUAAAUGAUAAAAGAGGGACGACUCUAAAAUAUUGCAAGAGCGAAUUUAUAAACUGAUUUAGUACAUUUAUGGGUUACUAAACAAACUUCUACUAACUACAUGUAACAAAAUAUGCGACAUCUACAAAAGCAAUGGUAAGUGGGGGCUACUUUGUCGAGAGCUUAUAACAGAUUUACAAUGGUAAGUCUAGAGCUACUAGCCUAUGACAUGAACACGUUAGAUAUUUGAUUACUAAUGUAAUCAUUUCUAUUGUGUAUGUAAGAUCGCUCAAUAAUGUGGCAAAUCCUCUUACCAAAGGAUUGCCAAAAGGCAUGAUCUAUGAGACAUCCCAAGGGAAGGGAUUGAGACCUCUUGUGUAGUUAGAAGUAACGGGAACCCAACCUUUUCUUUAGGUAUUCACUAAUUAAAAGGUUCAAUGUGG